AGCCCCCUUUUUGCUCACCAUUUUCCCUUGACCAUUUCAGCCAUGGCGCCCAAAGUUUGCCGGAAGAGAGCUCCUCCCAGCCACCGGGACCUGGACCCCAAGAUGCGAUGUCCAGUGACCACGGAAGAGGAAACGACUUCGGACAGCAACUCUUUGGGUCUUUGUGGUCCCAGCGAGCUGAGGGCUUUGCCACGCAGUCGCCGCAUCACGGCCGAGGCGGCCGCGGAGGCGGCCCAGUCAAGUCCUGUGCCGGAAGGCCUGGCCAUGGAGGAAGCCUUGCGCAUGAAAUUGAGGUGUUUGGAUCGGAAGCUGGGUGGCCGAAUGCUGAGUGAUCGAAAGCUGCUGGGUCGCAGAGACUUGGCACAAGAGAUCCUGUCCUUUGUUCAGGCGGAACGGCCCUUGAUGAACACCGAGGUGGGUGGCAAGAUGUUCGUUGACAGCGGCUCUGCCAACGUGGAUCUCUUCUUCCACUCAGUGCCACAGGAGAAACCAAGCAAAAGCAUUCAACUAGAGAAUUUGCUUGCGAAAGCCUGGGAUGAGAAUCCAGAGGUGUGUCUCAAGCAGAUUUAUUUGCUUGGAGCUAGCAGGGAAGGGAAACAGGACAGGUAUGCCUUCUAUGAUGCUAUGCUAUGGCUUUGGCAGAAGGAUCCGGCAACUCUUUUGGCCAACCUGCAUCACAUCCCUGAGUGCAACUAUUGGAAGGAGCGGGCCAAAAAAGGAAGAACACGAAGAUGUUCUCGUUUCUUAUCGUCGAGAAGAUUGGCAUUGCUUCGCCCGGCUUUGGAGGCCUUGUUGGAGCUCUUGGCCCGACUCUGCGAAGGGCCUCGUCGCAGCCUGGAACGUGACGUGGCGCUCUAUGGCCACUACAUGCGCCACAAGGACUCCAACGAGGACGAAAAGAAGAAAUUCACCUGUGGAGAUGCCGAGGUGGAUGGCUCAGAUCAGGGCCCUUGGUGUCCCGGAUCACGUCUCGAGUUGGCGGCAGAGGCAUUGAAGCGCUAUGGCCAGGAUCCCUUGUAUCGCGUGCUCUUCGAACGAACCGGACAGCUCUUCGCGGAGCAAUUGAGAGAAGAUCUCCGUCGGAUGCAGAAGGGACAACGCAUCAGUCUAUGUGCGAAGUGGUGCCCUUUGCUUUACCACUCCUUUGAUCGCAGGACGCUGAUCUCGGAAUCUAUUGCCCGGUGGCUUUUCCCAGUUCAUGACUUCCCGGACUUCGCAAAGCUCACGGAGCGGCAGUACGCCUUCCGCGCGCGAGACCGACUGCGGAAGUCACUCAGCCAGCUGAAGGAGUACAUGAAGUGCACUGAACGCCUCAUGUGCCAGCAGCGCUGGGAAGAAAUCCAAUAUCAGAAGGUCCACGGCUCUUGCCUCAGCAUAAACGCCAAGGUCUUCGAGAAGCACGAUCCACUUCGCUUCCAAGAAUUUGUGGAAAACUUAGCCCAGCAGAAAGGCAAAGUGAAUGUGGGAGCUUUACAACCCCAUCAGUUGCUGAUGCGCGCAGUGGCCAGCUCUGGCUUUGAACGCGUCCUGGCGCAGGCCCAAUGGCAAUCUCUUGUGGCACAGCUCCGCGCCGCAGGCGCUUUGUCCCAUUGCAUUGCGGUUUGCGAUGUGUCGGGGUCGAUGCGCACACCCGCAGCCCCAAACGUGUCGUGUAUGGAUGUGGCCAUUUCGUUGUCGCUCCUCUUGGCGGAAGUUGCUGAUGGCCCAUUUGCCCGGCAUGUGAUUACUUUCCAUGAGUCACCUCAAUUAGUGAAACUUCCCGAGACCCAUGACCUGCUGGAGCUCUACCAGUUUAUGAAAAGUUUGGACUGGGGCAUGUCCACCAACUUUCACAAAGUCUUCGAUCUCUUGAAGUCUCGAGCUGCGCAAGCUGCUGCUCCUGAGCAAGUCUUCGUUUUCUCCGACAUGCACUUUGCCCAGGCCCAAGGUGGCGAUGAGGGCGAGACAACGCUACGGAGGGCACAGAAGGAGUACCAGAAGUUGGGCUUGGAGUUGCCAGAGCUGGUGUUCUGGAACUUGGCCGCCAGAGCCUUGCCCGGCGGCCCAGGAGCUCCUGCCUUGGCCAACGAUGCGGGCGUCGUCCUCAUGUCGGGCUUCUCACCGCAGAUGCUCCGAGACCUCAUGGACCCGGACACGGAGCUCAAAGCUGCGGCGGCGGAUGCGAAACCCAAGGAGAAGCGGGAUCCGGUGGCCGUGUUGUGCGCUGCGCUUCGUAAGCCGCUGCUGGAGAAGCUCCGGGUGGUCUAUGACCAGAGUGAGGUGGCCGAGCUCUUCCUGGAACCUGGGCACAAGGAGCAGUUUCCAGCAGAGCCGGUGGAGAUGUCACUUGAGCCUCCUGAAGUUCCAUCAAAGCAGUGUGUUCAAAAGCUUCCUGUGAUGAACAGCGCAACUGCCCAGCUUGGCAGCCUGCUUCGCAAGGAAGUGAUCCAAGCCUUCUUGGGCAGGGGAGGUGCAUCAGUGAAGUCCUUGCGAGCCCAGCUCUGUCAACGGCUGUGCCCGGUGCUUCGAGCUGAGAAGAAGCUCAAGUUCAGGUUUUGGCUGGACGUGAAAACGGAAGGCAAGUACACAGCUUCUGAGACCGGUCAUGUUGAAGGCACCUUGCGAGCACGCUUCCCACAAGAGGAACUUGAGAAGGCCUUGCAACUCCUCAAAGAGCCAGUGGAGCGUGCAAUCAAGGAGGCUGACGCCAGAAGUUUCCGGGCUGAUGCAGCUGAGGGUGAGGAGGAUGACAAUGACAAGAAGCGCAAGGCGAUGUUGAUGACAUCAGAAGCAUCUCAGAAGUGCGACCCUUCAAGAGGGGUCAAACGACGAAGUGCGUGAGCAAGAAGCAAGAAGGGCAUUAUAGGGCCUAGGGCAUUUAUGGCAGACCAGGCACGUGCAGGUGCUUAGGUGCUGCACCGUAGGUCACAGCAAGUGCUUCAGAAGCUAUCAAGUGCUUUGGAAGCUGCUUGUACAGUUGUGUACAGAUGAACUUCCCUGAAGGCCUAGAGGGAGAAAGACUGCCUUGUACUAUCUUGUACUCUACCUUGUUGCCAAUCUUGAGCUUCACUAGCCUUAGGUGUUUUGAUGCAUCAAGCAGUC